UUUUCCUCCCGCGGCAGCCAAAAACACCGAGGGCGUGUGUAUGUGGAAACGCAGUCCCCAAGACAGGAACGGACCGAUUUGCUCUCUCUCCUGGGUGCGGAACUGGGAAAAGUGAUUGCUCUUGGCUCUGACGUAGCCGCGACGACCAUCGCCGUGUAUGCUAUUCAUAGCAGAGUGCCCUAAUAGGGUGCAAAAGUAAGGCGCUGAGCAUAAUAAUAAACAUAAGCGCGUAGCUCGGUGUCCGCCGCCGCCGUAAGUGGAAAAGAGUGUGAAGAACCCAACAUUGAUCCGUGACUGGAUGUCGCGCUGAAACUCCAUCUGGAAAGUGUUCGCGUAAACCCGAUCAAUCAGCAUGGCAAACGUUUGUGAGCCUCUCACGCUGGCCAAAGAUGUGAAGCGCUCGAUCGAGCUGCUGGAAAAGCUGCAAAUGAGCGGCGAGGUGCCAGCCACCAAACUGGCCGCCCUGCAGAAGGUGCUCCAGAGCGACUUUCUGAACGCGGUGCGCGAAGUGUACGAGCACGUGUACGAGACGGUCGACAUUCAGGGUUCGCUGGAUGUGCGCGCUUCGGCGACGGCCAAAGCAACGAUUGCCGCGUUCGCGGCGAGCGAGGGUCACGCCCAUCCGCGCGUUGUCGAGCUGCCCAAGACGGACGAGGGACUCGGGUUCAACGUGAUGGGCGGCAAGGAGCAAAACUCGCCGAUCUACAUUUCACGCAUCAUUCCGGGCGGUGUAGCCGAUCGACACGGCGGUCUCAAGCGGGGCGAUCAGUUACUCUCGGUAAACGGCAUCUCGGUGGAGGGCGAAAACCAUGAGAAGGCCGUUGAGCUGCUCAAGCAAGCGGUCGGCUCGGUGAAGCUGGUCGUACGCUACACACCGAAGGUGCUGGAGGAAAUGGAAUUGCGCUUCGACAAGCAGCGGGCGGCCCGAAGACGCCAGCAGUACUAAUAAUAACGGCGGAACGAUCGUCCGUGUGCCGCGUUUCGUGUGUUUUGUUGUGGCCUCACAAUGAUUCUCAUAUAUUCUCCGUCACCCUUACACCGUUUAGUUAGAAGGCAUCUCAUCGUGUGUAGAAAAGGAAAAUAUCGUUAUUUAAUAGUUCACACUUUCACUCUCAGUUUGUAUCGUAUCGGGUUCCCCAACCUUCUGAUACGGUUCGUUUCCGAUCGAUUCCCUGUUUCGACGAGUGCGCAUUUGUCUCACGCUGAAAGGCGCUCUACCAUCAGGUGGUAUCGGUAGAACCCGCCUUCUCGACGACGGAGAAAACCCCCAAAUCCAACAUGUUAGAAACCUCGGGCGUCCCACACAAAUCGGAAUUCUCUUGCGUCCCACUGUUCACCUAAAAUGCCAUAGCCCGAGACACAGCCAGAGAGAGAGAGAGACAGAACAAAGGUAUUGUGCACAAUGUUGGAAUGUGUUCGUAAAUAAAGUAUAUGUACCACCCCCGUU